UGGUCUUCGUAUAUUCAGCGUUUAAUCGAUGCUUUCAGGGACCAGUUUUUCAGGGUUUUCAUCAUCAUCGUCGUCGUUCUCUCCUUUACUCUCUUGUUUACGUUCGUUUUCUUGUUACUCUCACUUUCACUCUGAAAGAUUGCCUGUAUUUUUUAAUUUAUUAUUAUUUCAUUUUUCUCGAGCAAAUCAUCAUAAACUUAAUUUUCCAUCCUCUUCGAAUCAAUUCCUUCCUUUCAGUUCAACAUUAACCAAUGUAAGCUUAAUCCCUCCCCUGUUUUGGGAAAUCUUGAAGACUCUCUGUUCUUGGAAUCAUGUUUUAAAUUUUUGUUUCAAACCACUUCAUCUUUGGUUUCGGACAUCGGCAAGACCAUCGACUAUAUCAACUAUACCAACAUCUACAUCACAUUGACAUCAUCUUUUUACCAGUAUCAGGUGAAAUUUACUCUUAAAGUCAAUUUCCAAAUUCAAAUUUUUCACUCCAAAAAUGAGCCGUUUACAGGCUCUUACUGUUUUCUUGGUGAUAUACAUCAGUCAGACGGCUUCAGUUGAAUCGCAAAUAACCCAACAAUGUCUCGAUUGUAUCUGUCAGGCUAGCACAGGAUGUGAUCUAUCUAAAAAGUGUCAAAACUCAGGGCCAUCAUCAUACUUUUGUGGACCUUAUCAAAUAUCAUGGUCUUAUUGGUCUGAUGGAGGAAGACCUGGUGAUCAAGGAGGUCCACAUGAUUUUGAAACCUGUCUUAAUGAUAAAUCGUGUGCCGAGCAAGCUAUCUAUGGUUAUAUGAACAAAUGGGCCCGAGAUUGUAAUGGUGAUGGAGUCAUUGAUUGUACCGAUUAUGCUGCUAUCCAUAAAGCAGGUCCACACUCGUGCAAUGCUCAAUGGUUACUCGAUUCAGAAUACUGGAGAGUAUUUCAGUCAUCAUCAUGUGCCUCUGGAACUUCCAACUAUAAUGGCAAUUAUAAUCCACCUCGAGACUCUUCGUUUGGUGAAAGUGUAAAUGUUGAACCUCAACCUCAGCCUCAACCUCAACCACAUACCACUCAUUGGACUUUCCCAAGCUCACGUAAUAACAGUUAUCAACCAGUUGCUGCCACUCAACCAGGUUAUAGAUCAUAUGGCGGUCAACCGGAACGAGGAAGAUAUAAUAAUUACAAUGUACCAUCAAACAACAAUAACCCACUGCGACAUGAAGUAUUUGGUCCAUCAUCAGUGGGUCAACCACCAGCCUCCCCAGUUGUACCUGUUGCUAACAAUGAUGAAGGUGUCCUUCGUCCUUAUCCUUCAAACCAACCUUCACCAUCUUCAAACAAUGGACCAGAAUCUGGAUCGUUUUCAUCAGGAUCGUCAGGACAACCUUCUACCGUUUACAAUGAAGGAUCCAAUUUCGCCACAAAUGGACCUGUUGAUUCUAAUUGUUUAGAGUGUCUUUGUCAGGCUAGCACGGGUUGUGAUGCUAAUAAGCAAUGUUUUGGUAACGUUUGUGGUCCUUACCUUAUAUCAUGGCCUUUCUGGGCUGAUGCUGGUAAACCAGGAACUGACUAUGUUUCAUGUGCAUUGCGUAAAAACUGUGCUGAAGCUGCAGUCCAAGGAUAUAUGUCAAGAUUUGCUCGUGAUUGUAACAAUGACGGUGUAAUUAAUUGUGAUGAUUAUAUCAUGAUUCAUCAAUAUGGACCCAACUGCGGACCAGGAGUCUUUGGUACUGGCAAAUUUUGGCAAGAAUACAAAAAUUGUCAUCAACCACCAAUUGAUGCGCGAAGCAAUCGUGUUCGGGAAUCUAAUGUAGAACGUUUCAGGCCAAUUGAACGACCAGGUCAACCAGCUAACCUUAGACGAGAUGAAACAUCUAAUUGGAAUGGUGCUAACAAUCGAUUCAAUGAGAAUGAGAUACCGGGCAUUAGAUCAGUUGAUCGUAAUAUUAAUCAACCAGAGGGACCAGAUAAUUUUCACCCUAUUGAUGACCAUUUGAACUUUCACCCAUUCCCUUUCACUCCUCCACCUUCAUUAAAUAACCUUAACUUGAAUCCUAAUCCAACCCGUCCAAACAGUACAGGCAAUGUUUACUUCAAUGAUUUAAACUUUCCCAAUCAACCAUUCAAUCCUCCCAAUCCAUCAGGAAUUCCUGGUCAACCGCCAAUCAAUAAUAAUAUCAAUCCACCAAGAAAUAGUGGCGAUAGAUUCCAACCCGGACAACCAAGAUUCAACCCUUUAGAGCAACCACCAGUCAAUCGAUUUAGACCAGAACCCUCUAUUAAUAGCAACAAUGAUUUCAGACCAGUGCCACCAAUAGAUAGUAAUGCACCUUCUGGUGAUAGAUCACCUCCAAGACCAAUUGAAAAUACAAGAACAAAUCUUGAUAAUAAUGGAAAUGGGUUCCAACCUGGUGUACUGAGAACUGAUGGUUUUCGUCCCAUCAUAAAUCCAAAUCCAAACAAUGGCCCACCAAAUAAUUAUCCAACCCAACCAAACAAUCCACCGAGAGAUUCAAAUUUUGACGCUAAUCCAACACCAAGAAUUCCCAAUGAAAGAUUUACACCUCGAUAUGAUCGUCCAAGUGGUUUCAACUUUCCAUCUCAACCAACUAACAGGCCAUUCUCUGGAAACAAUGAUUACUUUUCUCGAAGCCCAGUCACCAUUGCACCACCAACGAGCCCACCUUUAACCCCAUCUUCAGAUUCGUUUUCACCAGUUUCACCACCAACCACAAUCAGUCCAAUCUCAUCAAAUGACGAUGAUGAAAGUUCACUUUUACCAGGACCGCGUGAUUCUCGAUUUCUUGCACCAUCUAAGGGAAAUGUUUCAAUGACGGCAGAAUGUUUGGAAUGUAUUUGCGAGGCUUCAAGCAAAUGUGAUGCCAAUUUUCCUUGCAAGAAUUACGGAGGAUCUCAAGCGUGUGGUCCUUAUCAAAUUAGUAUUGCUUAUUGGUUGGAAUCUGGAAAACCUGGUUACAAAGGAGGCUCAAGUGAUUUCAUCAAUUGUGUUACCAACAUGGACUGUGCUCAAGAAACACUGAAAGGCUACGUUAAAAAUUUGAAACGAGACUGCAAUAAUGAUGGAGCCAUUGAUUGUCUUGAUUAUGCUCUUAUUCAUAAGCUUGGACCAAAUGCUUGUCAAGAUCAAAGUUUUCUUGACUCACCUUAUUGGAAUGAUUUCCAGGCUUGUUAUGGCUUUGAGAGAUAAUUAUUGUCUUUUUUCAGACAUCUAGGAUGUCGAAUGCCAGCCAUUUUGAAUUUAAUUUCAGUUUUUUUAAUGCCAAUUUUUCAAUCCAAUGUGCCUAUCUUAUUAAUUGAAAGAUGAUUUUUUCAAUUAAAGCCAUUUCUCGACAUUUUA